AUGACCGACCCCGAGCUGGACCGCGGGGACGCGGGCCCUGAAGAUGACGUCACCGCCUCACAGGUUGCGGCCGUGUGUUUGAUCCAGCGAGUAUACCGCGGCUAUCGCACCCGAAGAGAGUUGCAAGGACGCCAGUUGACCGCGACAAACCGUUGGAUUGAUACCGUCAGGGAAGCCCAGUCUCAGGAUCGCCACCAUUCUGCGACGUCUCCUGCUCGCUCGCCGGCUGAGCAAGCCCACCGGAAUUGGAGUCAUGCCGUCAAUGUGGCCAAGCUCGCGCGCGGCGAUAGCUACAGCCGCCGCCGCGAAACAUCGAUCAAACCGACAAAACCUGCUCCAGCCACGGUCAGCAAAGCCAUGGAUCUCCAGUAUUUCCUCGAGAUGAUGGACCCAAACCAUCGCCAUGGGAGUAACCUACGAAAGUAUCACGAGCAUUGGAAGACGACUGAUUCUCACGAGAACUUCUUUUACUGGCUGGAUUACGGCGCCGGGAAAGACGUCGAGCUUCCCGCGUGUCCAAGGGACAAGCUGGCGCGUGAGCAAGUGCGUUACCUUUCUCGUGAGGAAAGAGUUAACUACCUGGUGAAGGUUGACGAGAAGGGUAGGUUCCGCUGGGCCAGGAACAACGAGCUGGUCUGGACAAACGAUGCUAUGUACGAGGAUGGCGAAGACGGUAUCUUGCCCGUUCGUACUCUCAGUGCCCCGGGAAAGGAGAGUCCCCACGCCAGAUCCAUUUUCCGAUCAAGACCACGGUCGGCAUCUGGGUCGUUGCUGGACAAGGACGUGUCCAAGUCAGACCAAGCCGACCAUCCCCGAGGCCUCACAGAUCGCAGACGACACAUUGCAAACCACAUCAAAGACAGACUCUUCAGCAGCGACGACUGGUGGAUAUUUGUUGCAGACCCGUCGUAUCGCUUGUAUGUUGGGAUUAAGAAACGAGGUUCAUUUCAGCAUUCCUCCUUCCUCCGAGGGGGCCGGAUAGCCGCUGCUGGGCUGAUAAAGAUCCGACAAGGAAAGCUACGAGAUCUAGCUCCGCUAAGUGGGCACUAUCGGCCGCGGUCGUCCAAUUUCCAUGCGUUUUUCCAGGCCUUGCGGGACCAGGGCGCCGACUUAUCUCGCGUUUCGACGACCAAGCUCUAUGCGACACUCGCUGGAAUGGAAGGAUACGUUGGCACGAAACGAAAAGUAAUCAAGGCGCGAGAGAAGAUGGAGCGGAAGAUUCAUCACGCGGGGAAGAACGACGAGUCAUUCACAGUUGACCUAUGA